AUGAGCAAGCUACACGAAAAGCUACAGUUGGAAGCCGGGGACGUGCGGUAUCUCCAGAUGCAGUUCCACAAAAAUGCGAGCGACAAGCUCAAUCUUCAUCUCCCGUCGUCGUCCAACACACCCAACUCCAAGAAGUCGGCGCUCUACUCCACGUCGGAUGAUCCGUUGAAGCUCCGAAUCUCUGCCAUGAUACACGACUUUAUCGACGAUGCGUUCGAGUUAGCCAAAGAAGGGAUGAUAAUUGACGGCCAUGAGCCUUCAAGCCGCUCGCCGUUGCUGAAGUACGUGGAGCAGCAGCUGCGGACACCCACCAGGGUAGAGCCGUACGAUUUUGCAAUGAAUGAGGAGUUGCGGCGGCUCUACCAAAGUGUGGAGGAGGAGACACUCCAGUUGACAAAGAUGCGGAGUGAGAUACCCCAGCGCACGGUUCGGGAGUAUGAAUCGAUCAUAGGCAAGAUCGAUGCCGAGGUGAAUGACUUUAUCAAGGCCCUCGAAGAGCAAACCAGUGCAGAGUUGGAAGUAAUUGCCAAAAAUGCCGAUUUAGACACCCCCGAACUUGAGGGCGUGACCGAGGACUAUGAAGAGUGUAUCCUCGAAUUGAGUCGAUUGGCAAAGGGGGUAAGCAUGCAGCAAAGCAAUUUGCAGAAAAUUGACGAUAUAUGUGACUUUCUCUUGCAGAACUACCUGGUGGGCGAUGGCCUGGAAUGA